AGGUGGCAUGUUAUAAGAGAGAAGCAGGCUAAUAAUACAAAAGUUACACAGUUAUCUUAUACACAGUAAACAAUAUGAAUCCCUACAAUCCUGGUAAUGCUUGCAGUCUCUGGAUGGGAGAUCUGGAGCCCCAUAUGGACGAGGCGUAUUUAACCCAGCUGUACGAAGGAAUGGGACAUAACGUAGUCAGUGUUAGACUGAUAAAGGACAGGAUGACGGGCAGACCUCAGGGUUAUUGCUUCCUCGAGUUCGACAGCGAACAAGCAGCUCAGCAGGUGCUGAUGACACAGAACUUGAAACCCUGGCCGGGCACAGACAAGCUGCUCAAGUUAAACUGGGCGAGUUCCAGUUCUAGAGGGUCUAGAGAGGAGUUCAGUAUUUACGUGGGGGAUCUUAGUCCUGAGGUUGAUGAUAACAGCCUGUUUAAGUUCUUUGCCACCUCCCUCUCCUCUUGCAAGAGCGCUAAAGUAGUCACGGAGCAGAAUGGUCAGAGUAAAGGGUUCGGGUUUGUGAGGUUCAGUAUGGACGAGGAUGCCAAGAAAGCUAUCAGUAGUUUCAACUUGAUGGCCGGGCUCGGCAAGAAUAGGAUACGUGUUUGUAAAGCUUUCCCUAAACAGGGUGAGAGAGGAGGCCCCAACAUGCAGGAAGGAGGGCCCCCUCCCCCGGGCCCGUUUCAAGGAGGCAGCGACCCCUGGCACCAGUACCAGCAGCAGAUGACAGAGUACAAUCAGAACAUGGCCCAGUACCAGCAACAGUAUAACGAAGCUACAGAUAUAGAACCGUAUGAUGAUGGUGCUACUGUAGAUUCACUCAACAAGGAGUUUCUAGAUAAUGAUAAGGAGUUUUCUGAGUUAUUUGAGAUAACGAGAUGGCAGUUCGUGGACAGUGUCCUAGCUCUAAAACCCAUGGAACAACUUCUGUGAGAUAACCUGAGGACUAUUUAACCUUUUUAUUUAUCGAGUAUCCAGCCAUGAUCUGUUUUUACUAUGCUAUUGGGUGUAACUGGCUCCAACAUAACUGGUUUAUUUUAUAUGACUACUACAAUUAUAUGCAUAGUUUAAAUGUAACGCCAGUUGAUCGAUCAGUUCUAUACCUUCCAAUAUUUAUUACCUACCCCGUGUCCUUCCUUAUUUUUAAUCAGUUCAGAUGGAAUUUUAAAUUUAAAGCAGCAGUUUUUAAACAAUUUGCUUUUUCUGGCCUUGCUUGUGUUGUGAAGUUUAUGGAAUCAGCAAUUACAUACCUACCUACUGUAACAGUGUAACAACCAAUUUAAAUCACGAUUUAUUUAUUUCAUCUGAAAAUA